AUUAUUCAUCGCACACACACCCACCCACAAACAUCACAGUUUCGCAAAAAUUGUGGUGGAAAAUAGUGGUCCGAUAGUUAGGAGGGCCGGGCAAAUCAAUCGGCCGUGUCCAAUAGAACGGAACAAACCAGCAGAGUUUUGUUCGAGUUCCGUGUCUGUAAAGACCUAUGUAAUCGUCAGCGCGAUAGGACCGAACGGAAAGUGUUAUUGAAUAGGUUCGAGAUCGUGCUGUGAUUGUGCCUGCGGUUGUUCGCUGUGUGACCUGUUGGCAGAAGCCUUUAUUGUUUGCACUUGCAAUAAACAAUCGAUACAACUUUCACGUACAGCAAGAACGAAAAAAAGAAGAUCGAUCAGAUUGCGUAGCCUGAUCGGGGUGGACUUCAGAGUAUGCCUCGCCAGUACGACGAAGAUGAAGCGCGCCGUCCCAUCCUGCAGCCGGACACGGACACGGACGAGCCGACGGCUGCGGUCGGCGGUUCGCUGGCCCGCCUAGCUGGCCGCACGAGCGAUGACGACGAGCUGACCGAGCGGCUGACCGGGUGCGGUGCGAGCGCGUGCUGUAACCCGUCCUCGUUUCUGCAUCGCUUCCAGGCCCUUAUCUUGAUGUGUCUGGUCGGUUUCGGUUCGUACUUCUGUUACGAUAAUCCGGGCGCACUGCAAGAUACGUUCAAAUCGGAUCUGAAUCUCACCACCACCCAGUUCGUGAUGCUGUACUCGAUCUACUCGUGGCCCAACGUGAUCCUCUGCUUCAUCGGUGGCUUCUUGAUGGAUCGCGUGUUUGGCAUCCGGCUCGGUACGAUCAUCUACAUGUUUAUUCUACUGAUUGGGCAGCUGAUCUUCGCGAUGGGCGCCACUAUCAAUCUGUUCUGGCUUAUGAUCGUCGGACGGUUCAUGUUUGGCAUUGGAGCGGAAUCGCUCGCAGUGGCGCAGAACAGCUACGCGGUGCUGUGGUUCAAGGGCAAGGAGCUGAACAUGGUGUUUGGGUUGCAGCUUUCGUUUGCCCGCGUCGGCAGCACGGUUAACUUCCUCGUCAUGGUGCCGAUCUACAAAUACGUGAAGAGCCUUGGCUAUCAGGGCCACAUGUGUACGGGCGUGGUGCUGCUGCUUGCCACACUGACCUGCGUCAUGUCGAUGAUCUGUGCCCUCAUUCUGGGCUGGAUGGAUCGCCGGGCGGCCCGCAUUCUGAAGCGCAACGAUGCGGCCCCCGGUGGCGAAGUGGCCAAACUGUCCGAUGUGCGUACGUUCAAGGUUUCGUUCUGGAUGGUGACGGUAAUCUGUGUCGCGUACUACGUGGCCAUCUUUCCAUUCAUCGCCCUCGGGAAGGUGUUUUUUAUGCGCAAGUUUGAUUUCUCGUCGGAAGAUGCUAACACGGUCAACUCGAUCGUGUACAUUAUUGCUGCGGUGGCGAGCCCACUGUUUGGGCUGCUGGUCGACCGUACCGGGCGCAAUGUGCUGUGGGUGUUUGUGUCCGUGCUGGUGACGAUCGUCGCACACGGAAUGCUUGCCUUUAGCUAUCUGAAUCCGUACAUCGGUAUGAUUACGAUGGGCUUGGCGUACUCGAUGCUGGCCUCCAGCUUGUGGCCGCUGGUGGCGCUGAUUGUGCCGGAGUAUCAGCUCGGAACGGCGUACGGCAUCUGCCAAUCGGUGCAAAACCUCGGACUGGCCGUAAUCUCGAUGAUAUCGGGCAUGAUCGUCGACAAGGGUGGAUACUUUAUGCUUGAAAUCUUCUUCAUCGGAUGGCUUAUCGUUUCCCUACUGGCCACCAUCGUUAUCUGGUUGUAUGACGCAAGCAAUGACGGUCUGCUUAACAUGAGCCCAGCUGCACGCUCGCUUUAUGCUAGCAAAACCUUGCAGCACAUGUCCGGUGGUCAGGGAUCGUCCGGCGACAUGACGGAUAGCCAGCAGGAGCGUGAUCGACGCAGCAACGAUCCGGAAGCGAUCCGUAACCGGUACUUGAACCGCGUGCUCGACGGUACACCGACCCAAAGCGACACGGAACCGUUGUUCGAGUGAGCAGAGGAGAAAGCCAGGGUUGUUGGGCAGGGGAAAGGCUCUUCCUUAGCAUGAAAAUUCGCCCUCUGCAGAGAGGCUCAUUCCGGUUUUUUCGAUGGAGGCUGUGUUGUUUGCAUGUGGCGUGUAGUGUCCCAUGAAUGUUUAUUCGUCGUCUACGUGUGUGUGUGUGAAUGUGUGUAAGACUAUUCUUAUUGUUUUUAGAUGUACUUUAUGAUGGUUAUUUUAACAAUAUUGAUGAGAAAGCGCAGAGAGAAGGUUAGUCAAUGGAAAAGUAUUAACCACGGAGAAAAAGGAAAACCCCUGCAGGCGAGUAGAAACCAACUCCCGUUCAAAAUCCCAUCCAUCUUCUAUGUACCCCUUUCGUGGGACACUUUCUUUCCAACCAGUUAGAUUGUUUACCGCCACAAAUAGUGCCAACGAUGCCAAAAAGAAAAAAAAGAAAGAUAAAAAGAGGACUGUCUUUACAAAUAGCUGAACAGGUCGAUGUUUGCAUUUCACUGUUGGAUGUUAUCUAUAUACAAAACUAGGGGAGGUUUAUUGCGUUGCGCAGUGUCCAACGAUUAUCGCCCAACAGUAAACGAAAGUGCACAAAGGUGUACACCGCAGGUAAUAGUGCUGUAGAACGUAUUGUUGUAGGUGGUUAAUAUUUGGUAUCGAUACGAUGCUGUUAUUUUACAAACAAACAAACAAAAAAACAUACCUAAACAUAUCUCACAACCCGGAAGUGUGCAGGCUUCCGGGUUUCUUCUACUGAUGGAACACUGUUUGUAUAGCGAUAAAAGGGGAAGCAAAAAAGCGAACCCAUAAACUAAACAUGUUCGAAUAUAUACACAAAAGUAUGGUAAUA